AACAAUCGAUAAGCAGUAUUUGUGUAUUGGAAACGCGGCUUAACUUAAUGCAGAUUUUUCCGCUGAUUCGGCUGCGAAAGAUGCACUUUUAAGGCGCAGCGAGUGCACCCACGCCCCGAGUUCGAGUGCAGUUGCAGUCGGGAAAGCUUGACAAGUGCGCGGAGCAAGGAGAGCGACGAGUUCGUUGAGCUACAGCGAAACGGAAAAGUGUAAAAGCGGGGUAAACAGGCGCAGCGGAGCGGAUGAUAAACGGAACUCGGGAUCGGAAAAUUGGAAGCAAAACCAACCACCGAUUAUAAAAAAUAGUCAGCAUCUUAAAAACGGGGAUAAUGGAGUCACAGAAGCGGCCUUCGUUGGACUUACACACGGAUGUGCCAGCAGGAUUAGCAGCUGGAGGAUCUGGCCUGGGAGCUGCAGCUGAGAUGUCGCCCACUUCCGGUUUCCUGCCGGACAUGCCGCAGUGGAAGAAGGACCUCAUCCAGCGCCGGAAAACGAACGUGGCCCGCACCCAGGCGGCGUCCAUCACCUCGCCCACCGAUGGCAGUUGUGGGGCUUUGGCAGAAGCCAACGCAGCUCCAGGUGCAAUUGCAGAUUUCACAGAACCGGCGACAAUCAGUAGCACUAGUCAAAAGAGAAACAUGAUCGGUUCAGAGGAAAAGUCUGAGAAAUCUUCUAUUUCCAAUACCAAUUCCGAUUCCACUGGAGGUCAUCACUCUGUUGUUGCCGUCUCCCUUUCGCCCGAUGCGGCAGCAACAACAAAUGUAACAGUAACACCAAUACCAAAGCAGCGAUCGAGUUUACUCAACACAAGAAGUCAGGAGAGGGAGAUGGUGCGAUAUAUUCUAAGCGAGAGUGGAGAACGGGAUGGAGAGCUUGAGAGCGGCGAACAGCCGGCUGGUGUGGUGAGUAACAGCCGGUGCGGUGAAGUUGAAACUGGCACAAUUGGAUCGCCGUCGUCGUCAGCAAAUCAAAAUCCAAACCCAAAUCAUUUAAAAACGAAAUGCAAACCGGGACAGAGCGUUGCUGAGGGCAAGCCUUCAGCUAAAGAGACCAUCGUCGAUAACAGCAAAAGCUGCAGCAAAACCAAGAGUAUUUCCGAUAAAUUGCAGAGCAACAAGUUUAUAAUUCAACAGCAGCAGCAACAACAACAACAACAGCAGCAACAACAGCAACUGUCGCCCACAAAGGUAACGGUAAAACCGACAAUGGUCGCCAUGCAAGAGAUGAAGAAGACAACCAAACAAAAUGGCCAGCACCGACAUCUAGCGGGCAAAAUUGGCAGCGUAGCAGGAGGCGAUGUGGAUCCACAACAUCCACCGACGAAUCCCAUACCAGAUUCAUUGGACACCGGUGAGGAUCUGAGCUACGGACCCGGAAUUGUGUCCAAGCUGCGAUGCCGCUACUUGAGCCUGGCCCUUCGCGAGUCCCGCCAGCAGAGCAGCAAACAACGCCUCCAACGCUCCACCAGUCUGAACACCCUGCUCGACCGCGACGAUGACGAGGUGGAAGUGGAGGAGCCCGAAAUGACCAACAGCCAGGUGCGUGCCAAAUCAACACCGCCACCGAUAUUGGGGGCAAAACCGACACCGAAACCCAGCAGCCAGCAUCAGCGUCCCGUCAGUCUGGGCGCCAAUGGAGCUGGAUCAGCUGUUAACCCGCCCUCGAACUCGGAUCAGGCCCAAACGGGCGCCGUUGCCAACGGAGGCGCAGGAUCUGGCCAACGUUCGCGUCACUUUAAGCGCGGCAACGAGGUGAUGAAGCGGGCACGUUCCGUGGAGGCUCUGCUCUGCGAGAAAUCGCCAUGGAACAGCCAGAGAAUCAGCACUGCCGGCGCAGCUGCAGCAGCAGCACCUUCACCACCUGCUCCCAAGGCCACAGCCGCUGCUCCCUCACCUGUUACAUCGCCCACCUGCGUUACCAUCGAGGACAAGAUCCACAAUGCCCGCGAACGACUGCACAGCGGGACGGAUACGGCGCCACCCAAGCGUCUGACCUCCAUCAUCGAUGACACCGAGCGGCCGCCACCGGAUCUGGUCAAGCAGACGCUCAAGAUGUUUGAGGCGAGUGCUAAUCGACGACCGCGCGCAGCCCAUCGUUCCAAUGGUGUUGGCGGAGUGGCCAGCAAGGUGGCCAACUACAAAUCGAUCAUUAAGGAUCAGAAGCAACCAUCAUCAGCAGCGGCGACGCCACCGCCGACCGGCAUGGGUUUUGCCUCCUCAACGCCGCUAAGGCAUGUCCAUCCGGAUAUUAUACCCCGUCAGGUGGAUUCGCCCGUAUCGGCGUUGAGUGUAAUGAUGCGUCGCAUGGAGCUGCAGGAGCCCGAGACGCCGGAAAGGGAGACACGGGACGCGGAGGCCACACCGCAGAGCGAGGCGCUAAGUGAGACUGAGCGAAAUGAUCGCGAUGAAGGCGAUGGCGAAGUCGAUGACGACAACCACAACAACAACGACGACGAUCACGACGACGGCGACGACGGCAGCGACAACAAUGAGCAACGCGAUAAAAUGGGCGCGGCGGCGGCAGGCGAUAAGCCUAAGCCCCCAGCGGAAUCGGCAGCGGGAGGCGCCCAACGAUCAUUCGCUGCCUCGACGGAGAACGCGCAUGUAGCCAGCGGUAGUAGCAGCAGUACCAGUGCCAGUGUACGGAAGCUCAGCAACAACAACGACUCCAGCAGCGGACCAGCGGUGACCAAACAGAUCGGUGUCAUCCGUCCGCUAUUCAAUAGCCAGGGAGCCGGGAGCACGCCGCUAACGAGUCGCGAGAUCGAAAAGAAUCGCAUCAAUGAGAUGAAGAAGUCGACGGCCACAGAUGCCGGUGGUUCGGUAUCCGGAUCCGGAACGGUUGCUGGUGCUGGAUCAGGAACCUCGCCCACCACUAGUCUCGACAGCGUGAUAAACACCAAGGAAGCGGCCAGCAGCGAAACGGAUGCCAGUGCCUCGCCACUGUGGACAUUGCGCAAGCUGAGGAAUCAGAGCCAGACGGCCGGCGGAGGAUCGGGUCCCAGUUCGAGCCUUCAUUCCACAGAGAACACCUCGAUGGUGUUCAACUUUUCCAAGAGCACCAAGGAAGUGCCCGACUACAUCGAAAGCGACGUUGUGAUUUACAGGCGCAAGCGGGAGCUGCCAAAGCCAAAUGAACCUGGCUUCGUGCUCCUGGGCGAUCUCUCCGUGGAGACGUCGACGGACACGGACUACGACGACUACUCCAUGUGCCCGCCAUCGCCGUGCGAUGUGGAGUUUGAGAAUGCCAACAUUGUGAUCGACGGCAAGUCCAGCAUACGCCAGAAACCCAAAGAGUCUUCGUUCCGCGUGCAGUUCAACGACACGCUGACGUCGACGUUUGAAUACCCCUCCGAGGCAUCGAUGACCAUCGAGGAUCCGCCGUACGCCGAUCCCUUUGGCCAUGUGAGCAAACACCAUCAGAUGCUGCUCGCCGAGCAGAUGCAUCUGUUGCAGCACCAGGAGCAGCUGGAGCUGGAGCAGAUGCACCAGCUGGGGCUGGCGCCGGAGCAGCACCAUCAUGUGACCGUCGACGAGAUCAUCGAGCUGCCCACAUCGACGGCGGGACAUGGACAUGGCAUCGGACUUGGACACAGGUCGGGGGCGGCGGGGGGCGGUGGCACGAUGCUGGGGAAUUUACCGUUGGGUAAGUAAUAUCUGUUCCACCGAGUCCAUCCAAGCGUGCAUUGUAUUAUUAUUAUUAUUAUUAUUAUUAUUAUUAUUAUUGUUGUUGCUGUACGCUGUACGAGAUGUAUGUUGUGUGUUGUUGUAUGUGGCAUGCAGCAGCGAAUGAUGAUGGAAUGGCUUUUUGUCUUUGUCUCUCUCUGCGCUCUCUAUUAUCGUCUCUAUCUCUCUCUCUGUCUGCCUGAUUGCCUGCAUCCAAGCCUCUCUAUCUAUCCAUCUCUAUCUAUACCCGUCUCUAUCUCUGUCACUUGCCUUGUCCUUACUCUUGACUUACCAUCAACCAGCGUUGUGUUCUUGAGUUUUGUUUGUUUGUUUACCAUCAUUAAUACCCACUCAUCCAUCACACAUCGUCGCGAUCUCGUUUUUUUUUUUUAACACUUUCGUUUGCCUUGGGCGGAUCGCGAAUAUACAAUAGCAAUUGAGAAACCCCAAAGACAACUCAAGACACUUGUUUAGCAAUGAACGUAGAAAGGUAGUGCCAAUGAGCAGCAGGGAAAUAUACAUAAUGUAAAUCAGCUGGAUAACCAUCCUUACAAUGCUACUUAUAAAAUGUGAUGAUGUGAAGGAAUUUACAUGCACCAUCUUAUGCUCAUUUUAAUAUUUACACUGUUCCAAGUAAAAUGUUUCCAAAUUAAAGAAAUCAAUGUAAAGUUCUCGUAUAAAACUGAUUUAAACUAGAGUUUAUAGGACUACGACGAACCCAGUUCGGAACUGGGUGACCCGCAAGCCCACAUCCCAUGCCUGGCUAAACUCUCGGGUAUAUAACAACGAAGGUUUCUGCACUUUACAGAUGCUGAUAAUAGAGCCACAGAGCAUCUUGUCUCCGUAUCCGUUUCUGAGCCCGCUCCAAACUCCGCUCCAGCCUCCGUCUCCGCUUCAGUCUCCGCCUCAACUUUCGUAACCGUCUCAGAUCCCAAAUGUCGUAGCGCCAGGACCUCGGGCAACGGCGGCUGCUGGCCGUGGCCGAAGUUCCGUACGGUCCUUGGUGCUCAGUUUCGCCGGCUGACCAGGCGCAUCAGGUGGGUGCAGCCAUCAGCUAGCAGCAGCCCCUUCCAAUGCCCCGUUUACCGAUCCCCGAUUCACCUGCUCUUCUAUAUACAUACGCUAUGUCACAGCUCUCAACGAACCAAAAGCUAAACCCAAGCCACCGAGUUCUCCAAAUAGCAAACCAUCGUGCUACGGUCUUUUCUGGCUGAAAGGCUUUCAAUUUCGCCUCACGCAUAUUUGCAGAUUACCCAAGUUUAGGGAGGGGUAUUAUCUUGCCACAGUCGCCACAACAGCAGUCAACGCAGCAGCAGGAGCAGCCAGAACCUGCAAUAGCCACAUCGGCAACAGUGGCAGGAUUAGCAGUGGCAAUGGCAACCGAAGUGGAAAUCGAGCCACCACUACCAGCACCACCAGUCACAGUCGCCAAGCGCCCGCAGCUCCCGGCGAAGCCAGCACAGCAGCAGCAACAACAGGCGGCGCGUAGGGCCAGGCCAUCGGUGCUGCUUAAGCCGCAGUACGCCUGCUUCCUUCAGCACGACGAUGAUGCACCCAAAUCCCAGCCAACUGCUGCUGGACGACCGCGCAAGGCAGCCUCGUUUUCAUUGGGCAAUCAACGGCAAUCGAAGGAGCAGCAGCAACAUCAUCAUCAUUACCAGCCACAGCAUCAGCAGAGUAAAUAUGAACGCAACGAUUGCAGUAGGAGUCGGGGCAGUUGCGAGAGUCCAGCUCCAGAACACCAGCAGCGACGUCGUCGGCCUAGUCUGCCGUCGUCGCUGGCUUUGUCCAAUGCCAGCUCGGCCCUGCUCCAGGCACGCAUUCCAGGCACCACGCUCUACUAUGUCUGAUGGCCACCCGAUAUGAAAAGCAUUAGACUCCAAACUCCAGAUAACCAGAUAUCCAGAUAACCAGAUACUCCAACUCCGAACCGAUUUGAAACCGCCAGCGAAACGUAGGCAUUGCCCAAGCUUUACUAUAUGUUUACAACUAGGCUAAAGAACACCCAUCAUCCCUUGGAUACCUCUUGGUGACCCCGUUCCGCUCCCAAAAAAAAAAAAAAACAAAAAUAUAUAUUGGUUUGAUGGCCGCUAAACUGUAAAGUGUAACCCUGUGCAUAUCCGACUCACUCCAAAACAAAUAACUCAAUGCGGAAACCAGGAACACCAAACCCGAACACACCAAUCACAACACACACAAGAAAACAAACACUGGGGCAACCGGACACUCGAAACACACGUUUAAUCGAUUCAUAGAUGCGAUUCACGAUGCUUCCCGAUGUCGAUGCACUGCCGCCGUUAAUCGUUUAUGCGAUGCUCUGGAUAACAAUCAACAGUAAUUCGCGAAUUAGCGAGCGAAGAAUACGCGAAGGAUGAUGGAUUUUAGAACUAACCUAAAUGAUGGAUAAUGCUGGUGUCCCCAUGUUUCACUAAAACCAAACCAUGUUCCUAUGACUGCUGCUUGAUAAUGCCCUGCUCCCCCGUCUGUAUUCAUUAUCCACAACCUUAGGUAUAAGAUGCUCCAUAGUCUUUAGCAACCAUUAUAUGAUAGUUUACCUAGUAAAUCGUAUGCCAAUCAUCAGAUUGAACUGUACUAUGCCCACCCAGCCCAUGUGGAAGUUAAAGAUUAUUGUAGAAAACUAUUUAGGUCACCUAUAAAUGUUGGCAACGCCUAAGAAUUAAGCUAACUACUCAGCUAGAGAUCGCAGAAACCGAAACAAUUGCGAUAAUUGAUAACUAAGUGUUCAUGGCAAAUUUUGGGGUGUAACUAAACGUUUAAUAAACGAAAAGUAAAGCAACUAAAGCUGCAGACAAAUCAAAGAACCUUUAUGUAGCGGCUAAUUUCGACAUGUGUUCGGUGUAAACCAAACAAAAACGAAUCACAGAACACUAGUUAGUGACUAUUUUCAUUUCAGUUACGUACUUAAGUAUAUAUAUUUGUGCACCCGUGUGAGUUGGCGUUAGUUAUGUGUUAUGUGCUUAUGUAUGUUUGCUUUGUUUGGCUCAGUUCGGUUUGGUAUGCAGUUGUGGGGCAUGUAUUGAAUUGCAAUUUGCGAUUUGAAAUUGUAGCCAUGUAGUUACGCUAACCUACCUUCUCGCCCCCGCUGUUUCACGCCACCCAAAUGGUUUUUCAUUUCAACAACAACCUUUUGUUAAAGUCACCGCUGUCGCUUUGUUUGUUUGCUAUUUGUUUACUUCUAUUUCUAUUUUUUGUUCAUACCAAUUUCUUUUUGCAGAUAUUAUUUAAAUGUAACAGAAUACAUAAGCAAAGCGUUGAAAUAAUAUCUAUUGUAUACCAAAACCAAAAAUAUCUAUGAUAACAAACAAGCAAAGGCAAUUAAACCGAUCCGUAAACUGAAUAACCGAUUAAUAACUGCAGCCGCUCAACCCGAACCGCAAUAAAUAACUAUCAAGUAAAGAAUAGAACAACUUAACAAUGAAAAAUGCAAUAUUCAAUAUGCGAAAUGACAAAUGCCUAAUGCCAAAUGCCAAUCCAAAUAACCCAAUAACCGAUUCAAGUGCGAGAACAGAAAUGCCACACCUCUAACCCAGUGCACUUGCUCUGUCUGCUCCGCUGGGCAAUCAAACUAAUCGCCAAUUCAUAUUAUUAUUAAGGUAACUAACCCAGAUUAGAACAGACACUCGAACACACGCACACACCAGCCACCAACACCACUUGGCACAUCCUAGUCAUAUCAUCAACUUCCAUCGCUCAUCUCCACUUCCAUUUCUUUAUCCACUGGUCAUGUUUCGUUUUCAUUUGCUUGAAAAGAUCCAGGCGAGAUCCUCCUUUAUCCACAACACCGUCACCUCAUCUCGAUUAUAUAUACAUAUAAAUAUAUAUAUAUAUGUUCUGAAAUAUAUAUUUCCCAACUCGGAGCCACCUUAUUUAUCAUUGUACUAACCCCAAAUCCUUGGAAGGAUUUAAACCCACUUGAAAUAAAGAUAUACAGUCGAUUAAUCUCGUUCUACACAUAAUUGCAGGCUCCACGGCUCUGGGCUUCUACACGCCCAUGAAGGGCACGGCGAUGGACAACCUAUUCCAGCUGGGUGUCACCCGAUACGCCCUGCCCGAGAGCAGCAGCAGUGGGAGCAGCAAUGGCAGCCACAGUCCAGGCAGCAACGGGAGCAGUCCAGCCGGAGCUGCGGGCAGCCGGUUGAUGUUCAACGGGAAUGGCAGCAUUAUGGGCAUCGGCGAGGGACUGAUCAAGGAGGGCGACUUGGCGGCAACGGAAGCAGGACCUGGAACUGCAGAUGGAGCAGGUGCCUCCAAGAAGGGUUCAGCUGUGGACGAGGAUGAUUACCAUCUGACGGCGACGCCGGGCGCCGAAGUUGUGUACAGCGAGGGUACACAGAAAACGGAUUUGCUAUAUUAGGUCGUCCUGCCAGCCAAAAAACCGGAGCGUCUAGCUCUUUUUCUACCGGUUUCCACCAAACUCCAAACCUUCCGAGCAUAACAACCUACCACAUCCUGAUCGUUCCCCUAAUUGAAAAGCGUGCACUUAGGUGAAAUAUCAACUUCGGUUAGACGCGAAAACAGUAACGAAGGAAAGAAAAAUAAAAACAACAAGGCAACGUAAACCAAGUAUGGCAAGAAAUCCAUAAAGAUACGUAUAUAAAUAGAUAUUAUUUGUAAGUUUGUAAGCCUAGAGAUCCGAUGUGUAUGUGUACAACAGCAAGCGUGUGUGUCUGUCUUCUUUAUAAAUAUAUAUAUAUGGUUUUUUUUUUUUGAUAAAUUAAUAAUUAUAUUAUUGUAAUGUAUCUACAUACGGCACUGAAUGAACAACUUUGCUGCUGCAAUUGUAUUUGUAUUUGUAUUGUGUAUUCCAUUUACGGCAUUUUGAUAGUAAAUAUACAACAACAACAAAUCAACGUAUUUCCGACUGCAUCCCGAAGGUUACUGAAACCUUAAUCCACGAAGUACGCGACGAGCGGUUAGUCCCGCCCGAGUAUUAACUUAAUGGAUUCUAACGAUCCGAUCUUGUGACCCAUCAUCAUCCCUUUUCGCGACCCUUCCAAAACGAAAAUGAAGAACAUUCUAAGCUCCGCUUGCCCAUUCAGCGGAAGAAAGCAAAGGAAAAUGUAACAUUUGCCUCAUAAUUAUUAUAUACAUUUAGCGCUUAUUGAAUAUUUUUUACAAUUGUAUUCCGUAAAUAAAUAUAAAAUACAUCAACAUCU